AUGUCGCUCUUCUCGCUCCCCAGCGUCUUGCGGCGCAGCGUCCCGUCCGACGGCAGCGACAGCGCGUGCGCCGUGCGGCCCUCCGUCAUCAGCAGCGAGCACCUGAACGCGCAGCUCCUCGAAGAAGCGCAGCACAGCGAGCAGCACUUGUUCUUUGGACCGCAACAGACGGUGUUCGAAGGCGAGCGCCAGCGCGUGAUCCACGGCGAGCGCAAGAUCCAGAAGAACAAUAAGCGCUUCUGGCUCGUCUCCGAGCCGCUGUGCAUGGAGCGCGACAGCACGACGUCGCUCAUUGGCUUCCCCACCGAGCCGCAGAUGCGGGCCACUGGACUGGGGAGCAAAGUGUCGGCGGCCACGCGUUUCAUUGGCCAAAAGGUGGCGCAACUCAAGUUUCCGCCGUCGCACGUCAACGAUGACUCGUUCUGUGACGGCUGCGGCCUGGACCCGAUCGUGGGCAACAUGUACUCGUGCUCCAAGUGCGUGAAUUACCACUUGUGCGAGAGCUGCUACCACCUGGGCAUGCACGGCUUUGAAGAGUCGAAGCUGCUGCUGGACGUGCGGGAGGACUUUGCCUUGCGCAACGUCAUGGAAGUCUCGCGGAACAAGGUGCCGGAAGAGGUGUUUACUGUCCUGCUCAAGACGGUCUGUCGAGGCCAAGUGGACAAGUUUAACUUUCUCGCCAAGUGGAUCACAGCUGUCGUGCUCGGUCAGCCGAUCAAUACGCUCGAGGUGCGUGGUAUUGAGAUCCCGCAUCUUGACGUCGAGACGCGAGGGAUUUUGGUGAAGCUCUUGACGCCCGUGUUGGCUGAUCGCACGGACUUGGAAGUGUGCAUGGAAUGGUUCUGUCCGGAUGCCGACAAGAUGGAGCUGCCUGGUGUGCAGCGUCGCCUGGAGACGAUUCGUAUCUGGGUGGCCACUGACAAAGAGCAGAAGUCGCCUUUUGCUGCAAAGGGAAGUCUCAAGGACGACGACACAGAUUCGGACGUGUCGUCGACAGGAGCUGAUGGGGACGUCAUUAGCUCGCCAGGCCCGGCUAGUCCAGUGUCGGAUUCGCCAUGCACAACGCCAUUGCCGUCUCCGUCGGGAGUUCGUCGCAAAUCGACGGGCGCGACGUCAAUGACUUCGGAGUCUUCUUCACAGCAUUCUCCUCCACGCCUGGAUACGUUGACACUUGCUGACAAGACGAUGGAGUACAGUUACGAAAAUGGCGAGGACGACGAGGACUACAUGUCGGACUCGGUCAAGAGCGAUAUUGAGCCGCGGAAAGUGGACAGUCUCUCCCCGUCUUCUGGUCAUUGA